UGCUACAUCUGAACAGUGUUUCUGGCUGAACGUCAGUUCUUGGCCUCUAAUAAUCAGAGGUGGAGCUUCCUGCUGGAAGAUACACAGCCCGUGUCCUCACUUUGUCCUUACCUACUGGACCCUGCUGUUCCUCCACCCUCUGGGGCAAGCAAUCACAGCCACCACCCCCCUCUCCUGCUUCUCAGACAGCUGCUGUGAUUUGAAUAACCAAGCAGGUUGUUGGAUGUCCGGUGGUGACUGAUUUGCCUGGCAAACAGACCCCUCAGGUCCUUGGCCCAGCUGCUACUUUGAGAAGACAGCCUUCCUGGAGUCUCUUUUUCUUUUCCCCACAUGCAGCAGCUAGCUAGGCUUUAAUCUUGCCCUUGCUUGACCUUCUGGGGGGUCCCAGCACUUGGCUGCCCCUGGUGGCUGGAGAGUGCCCUCAGGAACCUGGUGUAGGAGAAGGGGGAGGAAUGGUAGGUCCCAUCUGAGGCAGAGGUAACUAGAGCCAGCUAAGUCCCUGGGCUUGUCACAAAAUUUGCAUGGAGAGAAUGCAGGUCCUCUGUGGCUCCCCCUUCCCUUCCCUCUUCCCUCCUAGUCAUCCUGGGGCUGAGGUGUGACCGCAGGUGGAGGAGGCAGUCGUGCGUGGAGUGCCAUCUCACCAUUCCGGGAGGUGAUGCCCCGUGUCUUCCUGGUCAGGAGUCGGCGUCCACAGCCAUCCAACUGGGGCCACUUGCCUGACCAGCUCCGGGGAGAUGCCUAUGUCCCAGACUGCAGCAACCAGCGGGGCCCAUCAGCACACCAGUCUUCUGGCCUUGGGGACUCUUGGGCAGCGCCUAUGCAGGGCAGUCUGGCCUCCACUCCCAGGGGCCCUGGGACACUUGGCUGCCCACUCUGCCCCAAGGCCUUCCCUUUGCAGCGCAUGCUGACACGGCACCUCAAGUGCCACAGCCCUGCACGCCGCCACGUGUGCCGCUGCUGUGGCAAGGGCUUUCAUGAUGCCUUCGACCUCAAGCGCCACAUGAGGACUCACACUGGGAUCCGGCCAUUCCGCUGUGGAGCUUGCGGGAAAGCAUUUACUCAGCGCUGCUCACUUGAAGCUCAUCUUGCUAAGGUGCACGGGCAGCCAGCCAGCUACGCUUAUCGUGAGCGCCGGGAGAAGCUGCAUGUGUGUGAGGACUGUGGCUUCACAUGCUCGCGGCCUGACACCUAUGUGCAGCACCGUGCCCUGCACUGUGUUGAGACUGUGCACCCACACAACACAUGAGAGGCAAAUAAAUGCAGGAAAUGCACGCACAGAACACAGUAUUUAUUACACGUGGGAAAGGAUGAUUCACUCCGUCCAGCGGUGGCCACAGUGUGGGGCCGUGCACACAUAGUACAAGCGCAUGGCGUCCUGGCAGAAAGGUUGUCCAGUUAGGAAGGGUACAACAUGGAACCUCCAUCCAGCAGAGCCUCACCCCAAGAUAACAGGCAAAGGGGCUUUCCCCAUUGGUAAUGGUCCAGCUCAGUACGCCAGGAAGGGCAGGGUUCCCCCAAAUGUUGGUAUCCCCACCCCCGGUAAGGACCAAGCCUGGGAUACCCAGAAAGCCUUCCUCCUGCCACUCACCUCGGCACGGGCACUAUGUGACUGGAAGAACACCGCCUCCUUGUGGCCACACCUGAGAGGGCAGUCAGCCACUCAGCCUACCAUCCCCUUCCCUCCUCCCUUCACCCGGUGAGGACGAGCCACUCUCCAUCCCCAAUAUGAACGGCGCGCUCACUUUUGGCACGGGUGGUCCUCGGUCCGCGGCAACGUGGGGUCCUGGGACACGUCAGCGAUGAUCUGGGUCAGUUCGCUGAGGGAACAGAGGGCGAAUAAUCAUGCCCAGACCAGGUCUCUCAAGCCAACAACCCCUUCCCCAGGCUCUGAGUCCUGCCACUCACUCCACUUCGUGCGUGAUUUUGUUGACGUAGAUGCAGCUGUUGUCGGCUUCCUGCUGGUAAUCACAAUUCCGGCACUACGAAAGGGCAAGGGUUGCGGGAAAGGGGUUGCGGGAAAGGGCUUACGGGGAGGUCUCGGAAGGGAUUGGAAGGGAAGGCUGGGUUUUCCCCAGAGGUCAGGAAUGACUACAGCAUGGAGUUUCGAAGCUGGUAUAAUGGGGUAUACCGAGAAUCACCUCGGGGAUGGACAAGACAGUGGGGGUUCACUCGUGGGACAGUCAGGAGGCAAGACCAAAACACGUAAGGGGCGUAAAAAGAGUAAGGGUCAUGUGGAGUAAGAUGGGGUCACACUGGGAACAGGUGGAUCCCUCUGGAAAGACCCCGGCGCUCCGUGGGCUCGUGCUCACCGCGUAGAGCAGAAUGCGGUUCUCCUUGUCCUCCUUGGGGUAAAGCAUGUUGUUACUGUGGGGAGGGAGGAGACAGAGGUCAGUCCUGGGGCCACUACUUGCCCCCCUUACACACUCGCAGCCCCGGCCUCACCAUUCCUGGCAGAAUCGAAUACCCACGAAACCCGGCUCAUAGGUCCCGUCCGGUUCCAUAGCUACGCACCGCCCGCC